AUGGUAACCAGCAAAACAAUAAGAAAUAUUCGAUUUGUAGAUCCAUCCCUUGGUUCAGAGCAUAUCCAUCAUAAUACAUAUAGUAAAUCAUCAGAACCAGCAACACCAGACUCUCGUUUUUCAACAACUGCUGGUAUAGAUAGGAUUCAGCCUAUUACUUCACUUUGGCAUCCAUGCCAUUCUCAUUUAGUUGUGUCAUUGUGUGAUAGUCUGAUGCACUUGGAUAAGAGUCUGAAUGGGUUUGCAGAUGUUAGCUCUCCAACUAGAUCCGGACUAUUUUCCAAUCCAUCAACUGCAUCUUCGUCUGCUGCUCUUGUCACUAUACAUACUGUGAAUCGAAGCUUGCUUCAUGAGUUGCUUCCGAUUAUUGUUGAGCAAUUCCCAUCAUCGGAUCGCUCUAAUGCUAUGCAGUCCGAAAAUGAUUUGCAAUCAGACAAUCAUCACAAAUUAUCGGACUCGACUCGGGUAAUGGAUACGCUGUUUGAUCCUUUUACUAGCAAAAGUGCAUCUCGGAGUGUCCAGGCUGCACAAGCAUGUAUAUCUGCACUCAAUUAUGCAAUAUGUCUUGAAGCUGCAUGGCAUCGAGAUGCAUUAAAAUCUAUCUUGCCUAUAGAUCCCCUAUUGCAACAAAAACUGAGUCAAGAUAAAAUACACGCUGGAAAAAUACGGAUUCUGCUCGUUGCACUGUUUGUUCUUUUAAGUCGUCGUAUGGAUAGAAACAAACUGUUGGCAGUGUUCAUGACUCCAAUUUUACGUAAUGUCAACGCGGACACCAGUUCAGCAUGGUCCAUGUCGACUGUGACCGAUGUUGUAUGUCAAGGAUUCAUGUCCAUCAUCUGCCCACACACCAAAUCACAUGUAUUUGGUAAAAGUUCUGUAUCUUCAACACUUUCAGUCUGUCAAAACUGGUCUGUGCACAUGGCAUCAAAAGCUCGUGAGCAACUUGGAGAUUUUAUGAUUGUACUGCGAAACGCUGUUGGGUUGUACGAUCAAAACAAAGAUCGUACUGCUCUGAACAUUGCCGAGUCUUUUAUACGGCGAGUUUUAAAGUAUCUGAGUAGUACUGAUCAUACUUUGAACAACGUAGAUCAACUCAAAAUUGUGCUGUCAGUGUAUGGUGACUGUAUGCACUUUAUACCUAGUUCUUUUCAUACACGACUGCCUCCAAAAACAGUCAAAAUUUUACUUCAUCCGCUGCUGAUUCUGAAGCACACAAUAACGCAUAUUUGUAGACUGGCUAUCUGGCAUCCCACAUUACGUAAUCAUGCCAGCAGUGUUUUAAAAACAGCUGUUGCUAGUAUUCGUAAAUAUAUCAAAGAAAGGUCCGAUUCAAGUGCCUAUCCACCAGUACUCAUGACUGAUACAAAUAUUCUGUUGGAAAUUUGUGAAUAUAUUGAAAUUAUUGCUGAUGCCAUUUACACUGGCGCAAACAGCACUAAUGAAUACAGUGCAAAGAGCUUUGCGGGGAUUUCAACAUCAAGCACAAUUAAUAUGUCAUCUUCAACUCCAGUAUCAAGUGUAAAUUUUCUUGUAUUGCAAUCUUCAUCUGCUGAAUUAUUGGCAGCAUGGGCGUUGAACUGUUCAUCCUAUCGCGUUGUGCAGGUGUUUUUAUUACCCUUUGUCAUGCAGCUGGUUGGACUAGAGUCUAAUUGGCGAGUAUGUGAGCAACUUUUAUUACGCUUUCUUGGGCAAGAAGGCUCUAUAUCUGAAAUGAUUGCAUUUCAGAAUCAUCAUCAAACAUCAAGUGCAUCGAAUCCAUGGCUACGCGAAAGCGUUUUAAAGUGGCUAGUGACACUUGCUUGUCAUCGCUCGCUGAAUGAAACUACUAGUGAUACAGCACAAAUAGAGAUUAGCACAAUUUCUUCCAAACUUAUUUGUCCGAGUACACUUAUCUCCAAUUGUUUGAUUUCAUUGUUUGACGACCCAUCUUAUCAGAUUCGAAUGCAUAUUGCACAAGUCAUGGUUAUUGUGGGACUCAAUUCACGCUCAUCUGAUCCACGGCAUACUUUUUGUUAUCAUGAACUAUACGGAAACUGCGGAAUGACUUCAAAUAAAAUGGAAUCAAGUGGCACAGCUAGUCGACCUCGUAUUGCAUCGCCAUACUCAUUUUUUUUAACCUACUUGGACAAAAUGUUUUUUGGGCAAAAAUCUUUGGCCAUGUCACCACGGGAAAUGGAAACUAUUGGGUUGUGGGCGUACUAUAUUACUAGACACAUUAUGUUUCAAUGUCCUGUUUUUUGCGAUAGACUUUUAAAAACACCUGCGUGUGCUAAUCAAAGAUCGAUUGCGCGGUUUGCAUUGGAUUUAUUUAAUCGUCUCGUGAAAUUGCAAGACCAAGCUACUAAAUCGACUCAGUAUUCUAAUCAACGCAUCAACGCUGGAAGCAAUAUCAGUGGGGUGGAUGAAGACCAAUUUCGUCGUAGUGGGAUCAUGUGUGUUGUUUCUGGUGUAUUAGAAGGUUCUUGGAUGUUGACUGAAAACAUAUCGUUGAAAAAACGACCCACACCGCCAUUCUGCGAUGCUAUUGUUUUAGAUGCAUUUACCCCACUGUUAUUACGGUUACGACACGAUCCAAGUAUCCUUGUACGCACAGAAUGUGUCGAGCUAUGCGCUAGAUUGGUGAAUGCCAAGACUGAUAGAGUUAAAGAUGAGUCAAUAUUGAUACCGUCGUCCAAAGUAUCGCUUGCAUGGCAGGAUCCAAAUGCAGCCGAUCUUCCCUUUUUACAUGGCUUAUACAAAAUUGUUCUUGGCAUUUCCGGAAAUGACGGAUUAGUUUGUUUUAAUUUAAAUCCCCACGGAAGAGAUACCAUGACUGCGAUGAAUCCAUUUCCUUUUGACGAUAUUGAUCAAGAUCCAAAUUUUGUAAAAUUAUGCCAGACUGUGGUGACGCAUGGAAGACGAUAUCACUUGCUUCCUUUUUACAAUAUUCAAAGUCCAUUGAAUGCUUUUCAGCCUUCAAACCUCGAUACCGUUAUUAAAAAAGGAUUUAGCCAAGAAAAUACAUCAGUACCCAACCCGCCUGUUCCCGUAGAUAUGUCAGAGGAUACUGAUGCUGAUACGCGACAUCAGCCUAAAAACGAGCAUGCUACAUCCGAGUCUACGCAUGUUCAAUCAAUGAAACAUUCAUUGCCUAGCACGGCACUUGAAGACGGUCAUAAUCCAAUGCCUAAUUUUACCCCACCGUUGCUAUCCACUUUAGCAGCACAAAGCCAUCCCGCCCCAAAAACCUUUAAAUCAAGUCAAGAUCAAUCUAAACCCACUUUAAAUUUUUUCAACUCAGUGGAUGAUCCAGCCGAUACCGAAAUCAUUCAAUCGAUUUAUGCAGAUUUGCAACGUCAAUUCGAAAAGGCGAGUAUUGGUUCUAGAGAGAAUCAAAAGAGCCAGGCUCUGUAUGUUGGACCUCUUCCAAAUCCGAUUAUUGAACAAACCAAUGAUGCUAAAAAGCCCACUUGUGAUGUGGCAAGCCAAUCUACUCAGACUUUACCAAACCCUACUGUGUUUGAAUCUGUAAACAACUCUCACAACCACUCCACAAAUUUGUUGGAUUGGUCUCAAUCUCCACAUCUAGAGACGAAUAGAGAUAUAUCAGCAGAUUAUGCAGCCAUGUUUGCUGCUACUAUUGAUAAUAUUGGAAAGGAGACUCAACCAGACAUUAAUUCUACACUACUACAAGAAUAUGCUACUAAAACUGCUUCAUUGCAAUUCAAUUCGGCUGAUAAAUCAAAUCAAAUUCUUUCAAACGACCGAUUUUCGAUCAUCUUGGAUGAUAUUGUGCUUGAACAGCGCGAUAAACUCACUUUGAUUGAUACAAACUACAAGUUUGCCGAUGCUGUGUGGGCUAACGUGGCGGCUGCUGAACAUCAAGUAUCAGAAGUGCAAGAUGACAAGAUAAAGUUUGAUGCACCAAAAGACAUGCUUUCAUUUGAUUCUGUUGUGCCAGCAACACCAUUAGUGAGCAUGACAAAAGGUGACAAACUUUUAAAAGAAUAUUCAUCCAAUACGCGUGGAGCAAACAUGCUUUUGCAAAACACAACAGCAAUCAGUUCUCCUCGGCCGAAUUUUGAAGACGAGGUCUGCGAUACUGACGCGCCAGGUUUGCAAGAUCAAAAAAAAGAUGGAUUGCAACCCAGAAUACCCAACGUCAUGCCAGAAACUCACCCUACUGCUGCUUUAUUCCAUACAAUGAGAAUGAGUGGUUUAGAUCAGCAUUCGUUUAAAGAACACAACUUUGAAGAAUCUAAGCAUGAUACGUGUCAUUUACCUAUUAAAAAUACAGCUGUUGAUCGAUCUAUGGUGGUUGAAGAUCUUAAUUUUGGCGAUAAUGAUCCAUACGACUCUCCAAAUGGCACACCCUCUCGUAUUAACAAUGCUUGUACAGAAAACCCAGGAACUUCAUUUUUAGCACCAUCUGCCAUGCCAUUGCCCUAUCAAAAUAUUGGCACGAUGUACAAAGAAAAGCAAGUGCUAACUGGUCGUCAUUUGGGUGAUGGCAUUAUUAUUGAUUCUGAUGAUCCAGCACUUACCACAACAGUUUCUGCGUUUACAACUCUUGGGCGUGACACAAGUCCUAUUCUUAAAAAUCAUCAACAUGCUAUUCCGAAUAAUUUUAACUCGACAUAUGGAUAUGCUAAUGCAGAUGAAUUUAGUCAAGGACAAUACCCAACUGAAAAUUUAGCUGAUGGAAGUGAAUCUCGUUUUUCAGCCUCACAUGCACUAAUGACUGGCCAAUCUCAAUCACAUCUAGAUUUUACGUCUAUUGAUCAAUCUACAGUUUCCCCAUUGACAAACCCGCUGGAAGUUCCUCAAAUUGUUCGUCCACAUAUACCUACUCCAGUUAUACCAUUCUGGCCACACAAUGUUUCAAAAACACGUCAGUCUAAUUCUGAUUCAAAAGCUGAUGUGUUAAACAAUCAUGUACCUGCAAUAUCCAACUCUAUUGUAGUUUAUAGCACCGAUCUGGUUGCCAACCCUCUUGUACGCAGUCGAUUAUUUUCCGCCAUGGAGCUUGCACUUCGCCAUCUUGUAUUUGAUACUAUUCAAAAGCAAACCAUUAAUUAUUCGGAGCUAUAUGGCGAUGGCCUAGUGUAUGGAAGCCUGCUUAGUUUGGCCACACUACCUGUCAGUCAAGGUAUGAGCAAGAACGAAAGCAAUAAGCGUAGAAUCAGAACCGAUGAUGACAUGGAUGACUUUAUUGUCAAGGAAGCGUUACAUCCGGCACUUAAGCUUGUUUUUCGACUUGACCAACCACUACUUAUUGAUGCUUGUGUUGACGUGAGUAUUCCUACUGACGAUCAGCUUAAACAUCGGGAUCGGCUUUCUAGCUGGUUACACGCACUUACACUGGUGCACCGACAUCUUCUUCCAUUAUCUCGUAUACUAUUUAAAGCCGAAUGGCGGAUGAAGAGUAAAAUCACAGAAGCCCAAGCACUUGUGAUUGUGCGUGACCAGAUAUCGGUGAGUAGACAGACUGGCGGUGGAUCGAUUCGGGCAGCUACAAGAGGUUUACAAAUGCUAAAGGCUGCUUUAGAGGCUGAUAAUGACCGUGAUGAUUUACCGCCACGAGCUCAAAGUCACGAUGUUAGAGAUUCUGAUGAAAGUGUAAAUCUAAAUCCAGACCCAAAGUCGUUUUUACAAUGGAUGAGAGAGGCCGUACCAUGA